ACCAUUUAUUAAUAUAAAUACUGUAUGUAAAAAGCAAAUCGAAAUACGUCAAAGCAUCCGGAUACCCAAUGUGCACUCACGAAUUGGCGGUUCCAAAAUCGAUAUGGGUUUCCCUCCGAACAACUUACUGUGCAACAACAGGUGACCAAGCAAAUAGCCGCGUCGUCGUCUCUCCUGCGGUGCCUCGAAGGGCUGGUGAAACCAUCGUACGCCAAGCAGGCGGAAAAGUUUGUGCACCGGUCGUAUUGCCCUCACGACAUCUUUGUGGGCAUUCGAGUGCCGCAAUGCCGUGAAGCAGUUAAGACGCAUUUGGCUGCUACUACCUUGAACGACGUGGUGGAUCUCCUCCACGAUGCGCGUCACGAGAUGCGCCUGACAGGGUUCAUUGCCUUGACCGAGGCGUUCCUUCGUCCCACCACGACAUCGUGGUGGAGUGACACCGAAGACGUUGUGCCUGUGGACGAUCACAUCAAGCAGCUAGGUAGGUACACGAGACUAUCCUUAGUCCAUUUCGAUAUAUGGGUUUCAUCUUACCUAAUAGACUACUCGGCGGACGACUUACGCCGCCAUGCGAUUGCCAAGAUAUACUUGGCUAACACUAGCCACUGCAACAACUGGGACUUGGUGGACGCGUCGGCGCACAAGAUUCUUGGCGAGCAUUUAAUUCGCUUUCACGUAGCCGACUUGGCCAGUUUCGUCCUUGCGGGCCCCACCGCCGAGGCCAUAGACUUGCUACCAGCAUGGUACCAGCGUCUGUUGCGGUCAAACGACCUGUGGGAGACUCGCAUUUCGAUCGUGUUGUUGCUCAAGCUCCUUCCAACCGAGCACUAUCACGUGGCAUAUGCCGUUUGCCUCUACCACAUCAACAAGUUCCAUGCGGAUCCGCUACUCCGUUGUACCAUUCGUGGCGUGCCGUUUGAGAGUUUGGACUUGAUCCACAAAGCACUUGGGUGGGUCUUGCGCGAAGCGGGCAAGCACGACCCUGCUCGCUUGACCCAGUUCCUACACGAACAUGCGUCCAAAGCGUUCAAGACCACGGUGCGGUACGCCACAGAACACAUGACCCGACCCAAAGCAAAGCGGUUUCUGGACGUUGCUCAGCGGGGGGUCGGGGGUAGUGUCGUCGUCGUUGCCCCGUUGUUGGAGGAAUAAGUAGCCUAGGCAUAAAAACGACAUCUCGCUGCAACUUCAAUGUUUGCCCUUUGGUAUACUACUGUAC